AUGACAAUUUGAAUGAAAUUUCCAGUUUUCACCUCGUUCCCUAUUCCGGUCGAUUGCGAGGAUUGCAAGCUCAUCGACCACCAUUCUUAGUGGUACUUAUUACGACCGAAUAACAGUAAUACGAAAUACUAAAGCCAUUUUUACAAUCUCAGGGAAUGUUUUUUGAUUAGUUUCAUAUUUCAUUUGAAAGUUCCAUGUGGUUGUUUUGAAUCAUGAAAGGAUCGGGUUAUAUGGUGUUCAUUGCUGGAGGGCUAGGAAAACCAGCCGUCAGGGAAGUGAAAUUCUGACCUGGACUUGCACAAAUGUAUCGGAGUGCAGCCACAGCCACAACCACCAGGGGUGGAUUACCAACCGAUAGUGGGGACUCUGUUGUUACUUUGGAUCAAGUUCCACGUUGGAGUGAUGUAGAGCAUCGAUCAUCAUUGGACUAUGAGAAUGAAGAUCCGUCAUUUUCAAAUCCUUAUUUUCCCGAUCCGUUGACAUCGUCUUCAGAGGCAGGAGGUAGUGGCAAUUGGAUGGUGUCAAGAUUUCCUGUGGAUCAUGAAAUUAACUCAAAAAUUUAUCUGUGGAGAGGCCACCCUUGGAAUCUCGAGGUGGAUGCUGUGGUGAAUUCUACGAAUGAGAACUUGGAUGAAGCACAUAGCAGCCCUGGUUUGCAUGCAGCAGCUGGUCCUGGACUUGCCGAAGAAUGUGCUACACUGGGGGGUUGCCGAACAGGGAUGGCCAAAGUUACCAAGGCAUAUGAGCUUCCUGCUAGGCGGGUUAUCCAUACUGUUGGUCCGAAAUAUGCAGUGAAAUAUCAUACUGCUGCGGAGAAUGCCUUGAGUCACUGCUACCGGUCUUGCCUUGAGCUACUCAUUGAAAAUGGUCUUCAAAGCAUUGCGAUGGGCUGUAUAUAUACUGAAGCUAAAAACUACCCGCGUGAACCAGCUGCACAUGUGGCCAUAAGAACUAUCCGGCGUUCGCUUGAGAAGCUGAAAGAUAAGAUAAGUGCAGUUGUUUUUUGUACAACAACAUCAUCCGAUACUGAAAUAUAUAAGAGAUUGCUUCCACUUUACUUCCCUCGAGAUAAGCAUGAAGAAGAUGUUGCCAUAUCAAAGCUUCCUGCAGAUGUUGGGGAUGAGAAUGGUGAAACAACAAUAGAUGAACGCAAAAUAAGAAUAAAGCAAUUGCCUCAAAAAUCUGUUCCAAAACCAGCUGAAGAUCCAGUAGAACUUCCUGUUACCGAUGUUGGCUUGGUACGAAGAAACUCUCAUUAUCUGGAUUCAUAUUUGGAUCCUGCCUUCAUGUCCUUAAUCAAAGAUCCAGAUCAGAGACGAACAGAACAAUGGGAAAAAAGUGCUCAAGCUCAAAGUAGAUUUAAUUGUGCCAAGUUACUUGGAUUUGGUGACCUUGGUGGACCUUCUUUAUCAGCUGCUGAGGAAUACUCUCUCCAUUCCCGAUAUCUAUCGAAAGCAAAUUCUCUAAAUCUCUCAGAAAUUGCAGAGAUGAAAAUUGUUUACCGGGGUGGUGUGGACAGUGAGGGUCGUCCAGUAAUGGUGGUCGUGGGAGCACAUUUUUUGCUCCGAUGUCUUGAUUUGGAGCGAUUUGUUCUUUACGUAGUCAAGGAAUUUGAACCGUUGAUACAGAAGCCUUAUACUAUUGUUUACUUCCAUUCUGCAGCAUCUUUGCAAAUUCAACCAGCCAUGGGAUGGAUGAGAAGAUUGCAGCAAGUUCUUGGUCGGAAACACCAACGAAAUCUUCAUGCAAUAUACGUUCUCCACCCGACAUUUCAUCUGAAGGCCACAGUGUUCACUUUACAGUUACUUGUAGACAAUGUGGUUUGGAAGAAAGUCGUCUACGUUGAUCGUCUUCUGCAGCUGUUUAGAUAUGUUCCUCGCGAACAGUUGACUAUCCCUGACUUUGUUUUCCAGCACGAUAUAGAAGUGAAUGGAGGAAAGGGUCUUACUGUGGAUCCCAGGACAAAGUAUGUAUAUCACCGACCGUAGCCAUCACGGAACGGUUCAGUUCCUUGAUGUGAUAAAAGUGUCACCAGAUCUUGAUUUAUUCAUUUGAUUUGUUCUAUUGUCUUCAUUAGCUGGGUUGGGGUUGGCCUUUUUGAAUGUGUACAAUAGCUUUGCAUUGUACUUCAUUUUUUUUUUAAAUUUCUGUGUAAUAAUCUGUUUGUUGGAAGAUGAGUUCUUGCAUUGUUUCAAAUGACUCGAGUAAUACAAUGUUAUUUGAGCUUUGUAAUGACUUGACAAUGUUGUAUCAUCGGAAAUCGUUUCUGUUCUACUUCCA